CUCACUUUUUCCAACAUGCCUGAACCAUUGAAAUGCAAAAGUUUAAAUUUCAGAGCAUAUCAAUAUGCCCAGACUAUGAUUUUUGCUAUAGAGGAGAUAAACAACAGCACAGAAAUUCUUCCUGAUGUUUCAGUGGGUUAUAAGAUCUAUGAUUCCUGUAGCUCUAUAACUUUGGCUAUAAGAGCAGCAAUGGCUUUAGCAAAUGGGCCAGAAGAAACAGUCUCUGACACAGCCUGCACCGGACCAUCUACGGUUCAGGCUAUAAUAGGAGAGACUUCAUCCACACCAACUAUUGCUAUUUCAACAUCGAUUGGACCUUUUUACAUACCAGUGAUCAGCCACUUUGCUACCUGUGCUUGUCUUAGUGACAAACAAAAAUUCCCUUCCUUUCUCAGAACAAUUCCAAGUGACUUUUAUCAGAGCAGAGCUCUGGCUAAGCUUGUGAAGCACUUUGGAUGGACCUGGAUUGGGACUCUCUACAGCGAUAAUGACUAUGGUAAUAAUGGGAUGGCAAACUUUGUGGAUGCUGCCCAGAGAGAAGGUGUUUGCAUUGAAUAUUCUGAGUCUUUCUUUCGAACUAACCCUGUGAAGAAGAUUCAGAGAAUUGUGGACAUCAUUAAGAAGUCAAGCUCUAAAGUUAUUGUAGCUUUCAUCUCUCACUUAGACAUGGAUGUCUUAUUGAAAGAAUUAUCCCUACAGAAUGUCACAGGCUUGCAGUGGAUUGGCAGCGAAUCAUGGAUUGCCGAUUCACAUUUUGCCUCAAGAGAAGGGCGCAAUGUUUUGCGGGGAUCCAUAGGAUUUGCAAUCAGUAAUGCUGUAAUACAAGGGUUAAAAGACUUUUUGCUGAAAGUCCGUCCAUCGACUGGAGAUAAUCUAUACAGGGAGCUCUGGGAAACUGUAUUCAGCUGUACAUUCCCAUCCCCCCAAAAUACUGAAAUCCCCUUUGCGUGUACAGGAAAUGAGGACUUAAGUGUAAUAAAUAACCAGUACACUGAUGUGUCAGAAUUACAAAUCUCCAAUAAUGUUUACAAGGCAGUGUAUGCCAUAGCCAAUGCACUGCAUAUGAUAUAUAGCUGUACAAGUAACCAAAAUCAAAAUAAGACAUGUGUGAACACAAGGAAGACUGAACCAUUGCAGGUAUUAGAUUAUUUGAGUAAAGUUAAUUUCACUACUAAAACUGGUGAGACAGUAUACUUUGAUGAAAAUGGGGACCCUGCAGCAAAAUAUGAGUUAGUAAACUGGCAGCUUAAUGAAGAAGGCAAGACGGAGUUUGUCACAGUCGGUCACUAUGAUGCGUCUCUACCAGAAGAUACACAGCUUAAACUCACCGGUGCGCACAUUGUCUGGACACAAAAUGAGGACCAGGCUCCCGUGUCAGUGUGCAGUGAGAGCUGCGCUCCAGGCACUCGGAAGGCUGUUCAGAAGGGAAGGCCUGUCUGCUGCUUUGACUGUGUACCAUGUGCUGAAGGAGAAAUCAGCAACACUACAGACUCAAUUGAUUGUAUAAAAUGCUCACUGGAGUACUGGCCAAACAGUCAGAGAGAUGAAUGCGUCUUAAAGGAAACUGAAUUCCUUUCAUAUGAAGAAAUAAUGGGAAAAGUGCUGGUGUUUUUCUCCUUGCUUGGAGCUACCAUAACCUGUUCUAUUACCAUUGUUUUCUUUCGGUACAGAAAUACUCCCAUUGUUAAAGCCAAUAACUCUGAACUGAGUUUCCUUCUGCUCUUUUCAUUGACUCUGUGUUUCCUCUGUUCACUUACUUUCAUUGGCCAGCCCUUUGACUGGUCCUGUAUGUUGCGCCACACAGCAUUUGGGAUCACAUUUGUCCUGUGCAUCUCUUGUGUUCUGGGGAAAACAAUAGUGGUGUUAAUGGCCUUUAGGGCUACACUGCCAGGCAAUAACAUCAUGAAAUGGUUUGGCCCCACACAGCAGAGGUUUAGUGUUCUUGCUUUCACACUCAUACAGGUCUUGAUAUGUACUCUUUGGUUGACAAUAUCACCUCCCUUUCCUUACAAGAAUACAAAAUACUACAAAGAGAAAGUCAUUCUGGAGUGUGAUAUAGGAUCACUAGCAGGAUUUUGUGCUGUGUUAGGGUAUAUAGGAUUCCUCUCUGCCAUGUGCUUUGUGCUCGCUUUCCUGGCUCGGAAUCUACCUGAUAACUUCAAUGAAGCCAAAUUCAUUACAUUCAGCAUGCUCAUAUUCUGUGCAGUCUGGACAACAUUCAUUCCAGCUUAUAUCAGCUCCCCUGGAAAAUUCACAGUUGCAGUGGAAAUAUUUGCUAUUUUAGCAUCAAGUUUUGGCUUACUUAUAUGUAUUUUUAUGCCAAAAUGUUAUAUUCUCUUACUUAAGCCCGAGAAAAAUACAAAAAAAUAUCUAAUGGGGAAAAUGCCUUCAAAGUCACUUUGA